AUGAAGAGCUCUGUGCCGUUUGUGGCAUAUCUAACUUUCAGAGAACUCCGAGAGAGACAAACAGAGAAUCUCAAGAGAAACAAAAACUUAAAGAAAAUGUACUCACGAUCUAACAGCAUGACUCUGACAGUCCGCAAACAAGAGAGCUUCGCCUUCUCCAGGAUGGCGACCCGCAGCACGCAGCCCGAGGUGUUCACCUUCGAGCGGAUCCCGGCUCAGGCCACCGCCGUGCCCUCCUACGUUCCCAUCCGGCCGAAGAAGCGCUGCACCCGGGUGAUGUACCCCGCUAAUGUCCGCAUGCACCUUCCACCACCAGAGAAGAGCCAGGCCAAGAGGUGGCUGGUCAUCCUGUGCCUGGUGGUGCUGUGGCAGAUCUACACCGAGGAGCCCUGCGCUGAGACGCCGCUGAGCAGUGCAGACAGCUCGGUCAGUGACUACCAGGGUUUCCCCUUCCAGUCCGCGGAGGAGCAGGCGCUGCAGUUCACAGAUCUCAGCUCCAACUCCGUGGCUCUGUCAACCUCACACAGCAACUGUAUGGACGGCAGCUCAUCCAGUGAAGAGUCCAUCAUCUCCACCACCACCUGCCCGAUGACCAGCCCGGAGACCGAAAGCAACCACGGGUUCGAGCAGAGCGCCGGGAAGAGCUACAUGGUGGCUCUGCUGGUCUACCACAGACUGGGCAGCGACAACUAA